AUGGCAGACACCCAACCAGGUCUUCUUUCCCAGGCAAUCGGCUUCGUAUCCGACGUCGUGAACCGCCGACAUGCGCUGUCCAAGCUUGUCCCCUUCGCCCUUUUCGGCAUCGACGCCGUCCUUUGUGUCUUGAUCAUAUGGAAGGUCCCAUACACCGAGAUCGACUGGAAGGCGUACAUGGAGCAGAUCUCGCAAUAUGUCGCCGGCGAACGAGACUAUACCCUGAUCAAAGGCGGCACCGGCCCCUUGGUGUACCCGGCAUCGCAUGUAUACACCUACGCCGCCCUGUACUACCUCACCGAUCGAGGAACGGAUAUCCUUCGGGCGCAGCAGAUCUUUGCGCUGCUCUACCUGCUUGCGCUCGGGGUUGUGAUGCUGUGCUACUGGCGAGCAAAGGUCCCCCUGUACGUCUUCCCACUCCUGAUCGCAUCGAAAAGGCUCCACAGCAUCUUUGUGCUCCGUUGUUUCAAUGAUUGCUUCGCCGCCUUGUUCCUCUGGAUCACCAUUCUCUGCUUCCAGCGCCGGUUCUGGACCGUCGGCGUUCUAGCCUACUCAUGGGGCCUCGGCACCAAAAUGUCGCUGCUACUUGUUCUGCCGGCAGUAGGUGUGAUUCUAUUCCUGGGCAGGGGUGUCACGGGUAGUAUCACGCUGGCAACGAUCAUGCUGCAACAUCAGAUUGCGACUGCGAACCCGUUUCUCUUGCAGAAUCCUAUGGGGUACCUGUCCCGGGCUUUCGAGCUAUCCAGACAGUUCCUCUUCAAGUGGACGGUCAACUGGCGUUUUGUUGGGGAAGAGACGUUCCUGAGUCGUCCCUUUGCACUAGGGUUGCUUGCGCUGCAUGCCGCCGUUCUUUCCGCCUUUCUCGUCAAGAAAUGGCUGAAGGCUUCGCCCAGGCCCAUCUCCGCCAUCAUAAUGCCCAUCCUCAAGUUCACAACCCCUUUUACCCCGGCAGAAGAAGUGGCAGCGUCGUCAAGCGUCACCACCACAUACGUCAUGACCACCAUCCUCUCGGCCAAUGUGAUUGGUCUGUUGUUUGCUCGCUCUCUCCAUUACCAAUUCUAUGCCUACGUUGCAUGGUCCACUCCCUACCUCCUAUGGCGCAGUGGAGUCCACCCUAUCAUCCAGUAUGGACUUUGGGCAUUUCAAGAAUGGGCGUGGAAUGUCUUUCCCAGCACACCGAUGAGCUCCGCUGUCGUAGUUGGCGUGCUCGCCGUCACUGUAGGCUUGUCCUGGAUUGCGGCUGACAAGGAACCUGCACCUCAACCUACGGCUCCUGCUACGCAACGGGCACCUGAAGCAAAGAAGAAGGCGUGA